UGGUAAACUAAAUUGCAGGAUUCUUGAAGCCAAAGGUUGAACGAUUAAAUAUCUUUCUAGAUGGUAAAGCAAGUGAAAAUCUCAGUUCAAAUCUCUUGAAACCUCAAAACCCACUUAGUGCAACACUCCAAAAAUAUGGAGUGGAGGUGAAUUUGGGUUUUGGGAGAGUUACAUUCAAUCUAGGGUUAAGUUAUUGGAGGAAAGAGAGAAAAAUGAAGGAGCUGAUUGGGAGUCCAGGGAAAGUGAGUGGGCUAGUAUUGAGAUUAGGGCAAUGUGGAUUUGCAGCUGCUUCUAUUGGAGUCAUGGCCUCUGCUUCUGGCUUCUCUAGCUACACUGCUUUCUGCUAUUUGAUUGCGUCAAUGGGGCUUCAAAUGCUGUGGAGCUUUGGACUUGCAUGCCUUGAUAUUUAUGCUUUAAGGAGGAGUAGAGACCUUCAAAAUCCUGUCCUAGUCAGCCUGUUUGUUGUAGGCGAUUGGGUGACAGCACUGUUAUCACUUGCGGCUGCAUGUUCAUCAGCAGGAGUAACCGUUCUGUAUGCGAAAGAUGUGAAUUUUUGCAGGGAACAACCUCAUCUUCCAUGUAGCAGGUUUGAGAUUUCAGUAGUUUUGGCUUUCAUCACCUGGGCUUUGAUUGCCAUAUCGUCUCAUGUGAUGUUCUGGAUCUUAGCUUCGGUUUAAACAACUCAAUGAUUGGGGCUGACUGGCUGCUCAGAAUCAUAUCAUACACACAUGGCUUGUAUCUUUUGUUUGACAUGUAAACAUUGUCUUGUGCUUCUCUCUUCAACAUAAUGUAAUAUAACAGCGAUAUUUAGAAUUUUCCCAGUUGAGUUGCAAUUGUUUUGUCGA